GCAUAUUGGCUAAAUGCAUAUAGUACUGUUACAUUAAUGGGUCAUUCUUCACAAGUGCAAAUAGAGAGAGACAUGACAUGACGUGAAGCGCAAAUACCAUGUGACAAUUCCAAUUUAAUCAUUCCUUAUAUUUCAUAUCUACAUGUAUUGUAUUGUAAUUGUACAUUUAUUCUAUACAGAACAGUUCAGUAGUGAAAGAUUAAGUGUGCUGGCAGGUUAUCAAAAUAAUAAUUAAGAGCGUAACCCAAAUAUUGUACAAAUAACCUUGAUAUCCUAUUUACUGAUGUUUAGUGCACCCUCUAAAUAGCAUGUGAUGGUAAUUUCAACUGUUUAUAAAGUGCAAUGAUAAUCACUGAAUAAUAUAAUAUAAACAUUUAGGUUGAGUUCUGUAUAGAUUUGUCUACAUUUUACUGUAGACAAUUCAGGAGCGGGGAGGAGGCUAGACUGUGGAGCGCAAUUCCCUCGUGUCCCUCGUGGUGGAAACCUUCCCUCUGUCUGCUGUUCAUCCACCGAGACAGUGUUAUCAUCUGUACCAGAAGGGAAACGGGCUCCACAUCUUCAGAACCAAGAACUGUACUUUUCAGAAAGAGACUUUGCAGGCAUAAUACCAAAGAAGCCUUUAUUGAAAAUCAAACAGUUGUACAUGUCCAUAAUAUACAAAACAGUGCAGUACUGUCACACUCAAACAGUGACCAGAUUACAAGUGUAGCACAUGUUGAUAGUGACGCUUCUCUUGAGCAGGGAAUCCAAUUUUCAGGUCCUGAAGAGGGACCAUUAGGCUUGGGAGCUGAGGAGGACGGGGUAGACGAGGUGGGCACGGGGCAGAGAGAGAGAGAGAGAGGGAGAGUGGUAGAGCAGUUGUAGCCCAGAGGCAAGGUGGGUGGAGGACGAUCCAUGAAGCAUGGAGCAUUCUGUACGUUGGCGAGCUCUUCCUGUGUUCGAGACAAAUGCUGGAAUUUUCUGAAAGAGCACAUUUUUAAAAAAUGAAUUUACAAAAUGAGGAAGCAAGAGCAACAGUUACACAAUGAGAAGAUACAGCUGAUAAAACUAAAACAGAAAGCUUUAGUUAAAAGUCAAAGCAUACAAAACGUACCUGUAGUGGCCUAACAUCUUUGCACCUAUCAAAUUACGGGAAUAUUGAUGUAUGCUUAUAAAGGAGACCUCUUAAUAUCCAAUCCAGUCAGCUAAAGACAAUACCCACCAUGAUUUCAAUUUAGUGACCUUGGAGUGACUAAUAAAAGCAUAUCGUAUCGGGUUUUGUUUAAUUAUAUUUCAUGCCUCAUUAAAAAUAGAAAGCUGUGCUAAAUGUUGGAUGUAUAUUUUGGAUUGUAUAUAUUUGAUAUCAGUUUUACUAAUGGUUUCAUUUCAGAAAAUAUGUCUAUUGAGGUUUCUCAUUUUAACUCGAGUUAGUACGGUAACUCUUCUACAUAGUGUAAAGAGCUUGGUGGUUUCAUUUAACACAGUAAACCAGGCACAUUCUAGGGAGCAGCAGUCAUCAUCUGGAGUUCGUUGCAAUUGGGAACAUUUUUAAUCCGCACCUGGGGACUAUCUGGAAGUUCUUGGUUCGUUGCAAUUGACCCAUUAAGUUUUUAGUUUCGAUGCCUUGUUCUGAGGAAGUCUGUUACUUUAAAUUCCUAGGUAAUUUCACAUCAGCAUAGUCUGGGGGAGGUCAAAGCAAGUUACAUGCUGAAAGCAUGUCAGUCAAAAGGGCAAGCAGCUGGUUGGUUAAUGGUAGAUACAGUAGGAAGGUGCUAAAGGUGUUAAAGGGACUAUAGGCUUCUUGACAAAGGAAGUGCACCCAUAUCUAAAAGCUUGGCCUGCAAACCGGUGUGUUUAACUACAUGUAGUACCAGAUGAUUGAAAAUGAACAUGGCCAUCCUGUUAUGCAUAAUUUCAUGUUUGUCACGUUACACUAGUGAAGGCUGAAGCUUGUGAACCAUUUGCCUGAAUGUGCAUGGCCAAUAUUGUAACUGUAAUCUAUUGAAAAUACACACGUAGGGUCACAUUUUUAUAUAAUGUGUUAUUUCCAGUUCCAUAUAUUCUUGUGUUCUUGUGUUUGCCCACAAGACUCCUAAAGCUGCAGACCCAUAAGAAUCGGAGGAGGAUUCCCUGUGCUUGGCUCCCCAUGGAUCCUCUGGGAGCUCGCUCGCAGUUCAUCGAUGUUCAGACAUUACCCAGCUGGGACCAGCCUCAGCAGGGGGAUGAGCCGGACUCCAACAAAACCAGCCAGCAGCUCUAUAAGGACAGGGACACCGGCUCUCCAUUCCCAUACAGGGAACACAUCAAUAAGAAAGUGGUUCUGUUCAACGGGAAUGUAGCCCUCUUGAAUUGCACUGCCAUAGUCAACACAAGCAAUGAAUCUCUGAUUGAUAAGAACCCCAUUUCUGACAGCAUUCACUUGCACGCUGGGCCUGAGCUUAAAGAAGAGCUUCUCAAACUGAAAGGCUGUCGAACUGGGGAAGCUAAGAUGACCAAAGGGUUUAACCUGGCUGCUCGAUUCAUAGUUCACACAGUAGGGCCCAAAUACAAAGCCAGAUACAGGACUGCGGCCGAGAGUUCGCUCUACAGCUGCUACCGGAAUGUCAUGCAGCUAGCCAAGGAGCAGGCUCUAGUGUCUGUGGGGUUCUGUGGUAUUAACUUGCCCAAGAGAGGGUACCCAAUGGAGGAUGCCACUCACAUAGCACUCAGAACAGUCCGUAGGUUUCUGGAGAACCAUGGAGAAACAAUUGAGACUGUAGUGUUUGCUGUGACAGAUCUAGAGGAGCCUGUGUAUAAGAAGCUGUUGCCAUUGUACUUCCCGAGAUCUGUAGAAGAAGAGCACAGGAGUCUCCCUCUCAUCCCUGCAGAUAUUGGCAAUUCUGAAGGAGAACCAGUUGUACCAGAGAGGCAAAUCCGCAUCUCAGAAAAACCAGGCUUUCACGAAGAUUCAGAAGAGGAGGAUGAUUUGCAAAAGGACUUGUCCUUCGUGGGCUCCCACGCUUUUGCCCGAAUGGAAGGAGAUGUUGAUAAGCAACGGAAGCUAAUUCUGCAGGGGCAGAUGUCAGAGGCAGCACAGCAUAAACAACACCUGAGAAACUAUAACCGUUGGCUAUGUAGAGCAAGAGCAGAAGACUUGUCAGACAUUGCGGCUUUAAAGGCAUUAUAUCAAACAGGUGUGGAUAUCUGUGGUCGAACGGUUAUGGUUUUAGUAGGAAGAAACAUUCCUGUAGCACAAAUAGACAUUGAAAAGGCCCUGCUGUAUUUUAUCCAUGUCAUGGAUCACAUAGUCGUGAAGGAGUAUGUCCUGGUGUAUUUCCAUACGCUGACUGGUGAACACAAUCACCUGGACUCUGAUUUCCUAAAGAAGCUUUAUGACAUUGUAGAUGGCAAGUAUAAAAAGAACCUGCAAGCUUUUUACUUUGUGCACCCCACAUUCCGUUCCAAGGUGUCAACAUGGUUUUUCACUACCUUUAAUGUCUCUGGGUUAAAGGACAAAGUUCAUCAUGUGGAGAACCUCCAGCAGCUGUUUACAUGUAUAUUACCAGAGCAAAUCGACAUCCCCCCUUUUGUGCUGGAGUACGACUCACGGGUAAACGGGCCUUACCAUCCUUACUACUCGUCAUUGUCUGACCUUUGAAGAAAACCAAGGCUGUUUGGUUUCACGGACAAACAUCCUGUCAGCUGGACAUCCGAACUAUGCGUGUUCUCUAACUAUGAACGGAGAGCUUUUUUUCCCUCUUUGUUUGUACAAAGUAAUUUCAAGCAGUGAAGCAAUCAGAAUGAGCUUCGUUCCACUUUGAGCCAUACAUUACACAAACAGUAAAUGAUAAUAUCUAUCUAUCUGUCUAUCUCAGUUCAGGGAUAAACCACUGAUAUGUAUUAAUUUGAUAUAUAAUUUUUUUUUUUUAAAUCUGUAUUCUGUAAAAUAGUGAAUUGCAGGUUAUGUGUUUAGGGUGUCGCGCUAGUUAAAGCUUAAAAGAUUCAACCUGUCAAAGGCGUGACUUUAGCCUUUAAAGGAGUGUGUGCAGUAUUUAGUUUAAGACCCUCGA